GUCUCCCGCUAACCACUCCGACUACAGGCCUGGGUGACAUGGCCAAAUAAACCUCCGCAGAAACAAGUUUCGGUGUGAGGGGUCAGAUUUAAAAAAAAAAAAUGUUUUCAAGUUUCGCACUGCACGGACACGCGUCCAAACUGCACUUUGUUGAGAAUAAUUAUACCUUCUGCUGCGUCUGUCCAUUGUUCUUUCUGAUCGAAUGAUUGAAGCGCCGCGGUUAAAGCCACACGACGCUCAUCAACAUUUUCAGCCAAGUGCCUGCCAGCACUCAGUUCAGUUCCGGAGCCGUCUUACACACCAAUUCUUCCGCCGGAGCAGCUUGUUGCAUUGAACAGAGUGAGUCAUCAUGUUAGACAGUCUGACAAAGGUUGGCAAGGUGGGCCUGGGCAUCUUCGUGGUGGGUGUGGUGGUGUUCGUGGUGGGCUUCUCUGUACCCUACUGGGUGGCUUUCGAGACCAGCAAAUGGCGGUUCGGACUAUGGGAAGCUUGUGUCUCAGGCUGGCAAAGCAACACCUACUGUGUCAGCACUCUCAGCGAGGACUUCCGUGCAUUCCCAGACCUGCCGGGCUGGUUUAAAGGAACUCAAGCAUGCGCUUGCUUCGCCCUCCUCAGCAUCAUCGCCGACAUCGUUUUACGGGGGCUGUUCAUCGCCAGGAAACUGAAGCACUUUCUUCUUAUUUCCGUCGUGCUCGAUAUAGCGGCAGGUGCCCUCGCCUUACUCGGGGCCGUGAUAUUCGGCAGUGAGAUCAACAAGUACGACCAUAUCUCCCUGAGCUGGGGCUUCGCCUUCGACAUCAUCGGCGGCAUCCUCCUCGGUGGCUCCGCCGUCUGCUUCUUCAUCGAGUACUGUCGUCGGCGCUAGUCACGUGGUGCUGUGCCAGGGGCACUGGCUGCCUGUUGCUCCUGGAGAAGAAAGACUUGUGUGCUUAUUAUUCUUCCAAUGGUAUUUUCAGCCUGCUUUUACUCAGUUUAUUCCAAAGGAUGCUUUAACUCAGCCUGCUCCACAGACUGGCUUGUUCUACACACUACAGUCGCUGUAUGGCUGGUGGUGGUGGAAACCAUAUCAGCCUCAGUACCCCGGCAUUUGUAGAACAGUGCUAACUCUAGAACUACACCCCAAGAACAUAUUUCAUGAAGGUUUACUGUUGUAAGAGAGAUGUGCUCCAGGUUAUAACUGUGGUUGGGGUCUGAUUGUUCUUUAAAAUUUCAAGCUGCUUAUAAUUUCUUGUUGCCAACAUGCCCAUAGGAUUAUAUUUUAUCUUAGAGUUUAGAAUAGUCAGUUUAAAAUAAUUGAAUGUCAAACAAGAUUAAUGGCACUUGAUCAUUCAUUAUGAUUGCGAGUCAAACAAGGUUAAUGACACUUAAUCACUCAUUUUGAUUGCUAGUCCAAAAUGUAAUCGACAUUUACAUCUGUGGUCUUAGUUAAGUGUAAGAAAAUAGAAUCAAGUGUACUGCUGUCUCAUGAUGGCUAAAGUGUUCUAUGCCAUAUUUUGCUGCUAUCAUUACAUUAUUUAUUAUUAUUAUUCAUUUUAGUUUCUCAAGUAUAUGUCAUUUCAGUUGAAACAUCAAACUUGCUGUGUAAAAGCCAGGUUAGAAUAAGGUGUUCAUACAAAGAUUGGGCAAAUGCUGUGUAAUGUAAGCUGUACCUGGGUUCCAUUGUGUUUACUCAUGUUUCCCAGCUACACAUGACAAAAGCAGUUUUUUUCCAGUGUUCAGGAUCUGACACUUAUCUCUUUUGUUCAGGUAACAGAUAAAUAAUUACAACAAGAUUUACAGCAGGGCUUUUUAGCUUAGAAUGUUUUUAAAGAGUGGAAUUGCUGAUCAUUCAUGUUACACAUUUUUAACUUACAAAUUCUCACCUGACAAAUAAUAAAUAGUAAUAACUAUGUUCUACACCACUCUAAGUGUAUGGAGCAUCAUCUCUGUCUCAAACCCAUUUCUGGCUGUAUGUUUUGAGACCCACUGUAUAUGUCAGGUCUACUGCAUAUUGUACGAGCAUCAACCAUGCUAAGGACUAUUGUGUGUAUGUGCGUUCGCGCGCGUGUUCUUUGACAUUCACCAGUAUGAGAAGCAAGCAGGCCUCUUUUGUAUUUUUUUUACCUGAUAUUAUCUUUCCUCUUAGUGACCUGUUUAUACUUUUUUUUUCGAAUAAAGUGAAAAUAUUAGGGAUAAACAAAUUAAUCUCGUGGUAUUUUAUGUACUCUACUCACCUUCGUCAAUGGCGGAAACAGUCUGUUUACUCAAGUGCAGUCAGCGCUAUGACCAGUUUGUGUUCGGAAUGUUCCAAAAAUUACACUUUUUAUCUCUAUUCUCGUAAAAUGGAUUAACGAGUUUCUUACCGUUUGAAAAUGAUUUAUUACAUGUUCAUGAUUAAACAUAAGUGGCUUUCAUAUAUUUUUGAUUUUUUAAAAAUUAUAUUUCACCAUAAAUUUCAACAAUUUCACGUUGCCUUCAAGAGCUUUUACCUAUUUAGAACCCCAUGUUGACAUUAUUACGAACACAAUGCUAGCUUUGUUGUUGUUAUUGUUUAUAACUGAUGUUUACUAUAAAGAUUGAAGACAAUCAUGCCCGAGUGCAAUGCAUUUUUAUAUUGUUUACCAUAUAUUUUAAAGCCUAUCGCAUUUAACUUGAUACCAGCUUCCGUGUUUUAAUCGAAAAAAUAUUCUCUAUUUCUAUGACACUUUAUGAACUGGAGUUUUGUUGAAAAUAUUUUUUGUCUGUCUGUCUGUCUGUCUGUCUGUCUGUCUGUCUGUCUGUCUGUCUGUCUGUCUGUCUGUCUGUCUGUCUGUCUGUCUGUCUGUCUGUCUGUCUGUCUGUCUGUCUGUCUGUCUGUCUGUCUGUCUGUCUGUCUGUCUGUCUGUUAUGGCGUUUGUGGUAGACAGUACACUUAACGCUUGUUGCAAUAUUUGUGUCGGUAAGCCCAGACACCCUGCACGAUUGUAAAUUCAUUGCACGCUUGCUGUAAACACACACACACACAUAUAUAUAAAGAAAAGAGAAGGAUGAGAGAGAACACAUCGCUGCACACCUGAAGACAACCUUCCAGCAGUCCUUCUGGCUGGGCGAGAUCCUCUUCUUUACAGAACUAUGAUUUCUACACUGUUUAGUUUCCUGAUAAAUUGUAAAGUGUACAAUGAAAUUGCUUCUCAUACAUGGCUCCUUUUAUAUAAUACUAGAAUAAAAUUGCAAAUCCUUAAAAAGUUUAAUUAACUGGAACUUCUGCCCCCCCCCCCCACUACCACAUGCACGGUGCUGUUGGGAAUGGAUCAGAAGGACGGCAAGAGAAGAGCAUGGACCAAUCUUUCUUAUAUUUUGUGUGUGUGUGUGUGAAUCCUGUUUUGAUGAAACUACAAUCGUUGUUCCACUUUUAGAGCGAUGUGAAGAAAGUAGUAUUUGUGCAGUAUUUAGUUGUUUUCUGUAGCUUGCCAUAAGACCAGAAACGAUGGAGCUGACUUCCAUGAGGUUCUGGGUUUUAUUGCUGCAAUAAACUACAUGUCAAUUCCA